AUGCCGACGCAGCAACCAUCCCCCGCAACCCGCGUUGCUCCGCGCGCUGAGGCGCAACGUCUCGGCAAGAGAAAGCGCGCUCCGGCGCAACAGCAGCAAGCUCCCGCCGCCGAAGGCACGGCAUUUCAACACGCCUUCACCACCACCCUCGGGCUCUUCAACAGAGUUUGGACAAGCUUUGUGAGGAUCCUCCCGCAAAGACUCCGCGGUGCGGACUCUGCGCAAGAGGAGAUCCAUGCCCAAAGGGUGGCUGGCGGCCACAAGCGCCGCGCGGUUGGCAGGCUACACGAUCCCUCCUCUCCAUCCGCCGCAAGAAACCAGGACGAUCCUGGAUAUCAUUCGCGCCCGUGUUCUGCUUCUCCCGCCGCCGAGGCCGUGGUGCCUAAGGCUCCAUCCGCCGCGCCCGCCUCCUUCUCCCGGUCGCUCCUCAAGCGACCAGCACCAUCCUCCGCCUCCGACCAUUCCGCCGUUCAGCGCGGCGCCAAGCGCGCAAAGGCUUCUUCGAGCCAUGCUCUGGCUCAUCUGUAUGCCGCCGCCGUCGCCCCGAAGAAGUUCAUAAAGACGAAGAAGAGCGGCGCUAUCCCUCACAGCCCCGAUAGGUUGAGGGUCAGAAGAGCGGCGCGGCUAGAUGAGCUGCUGCAUUGGGAAGAUCAAAAGGUCGAGGAUGCAGAUCCGAAGUUUAGCCACAAGCGCGCCCACCUGCAGGAAAUCCGCAACCUGCCACAAUUCCCGGGCUCUCUGUGGCACGCCUCACAAGACGAAGAACACCUCCAUCGGCCAUGGAACGACAUGAAAGCAGCGCACGCUUCAGAGAAUGCGCCUCGCGAGCAGCCAACCAUCCAAUCCCUCCCAAACUACAUCGAAAUCUCACAUCUCUACAACGAACUGUUUCCGACAGGCGACGUCCAAGAGAUCGCAGUCACAGCACACGGAGGCGGGGAUGGAAUCACUACAAGCGCGGCCGUUGCUCAUGAUGAGAGGGAGGAGAUGGCUAUUACAGAUGAGGAUCAGCUAGAAGCGGUUGAAGCAGUCAAUGAAGAACUCUCCAUACUCGCGGAUGCUCCACCGCCGAAGCAGAAGAAGACUGUAAAGUGGACCACAAGUGGAUUCGUUCCUCACGUCAUGCCGGUCAACCAGCGGAAAUACUACACUCCUGGCGACGCUCCCAAUGAGAUGCGCAAGAACGUCGAAGAUCUCUCCCCCAACAAGGCGCAUCCUCGAUCUCCACCUCCCGCCGACAUCAGCGAGUUCGAUAUCACCCUAAUGGACACGCCUGUGAAAUUUUCGGAUGCAAAGGACAAAUCACCCCUGCAGCGUGGCACGGCUCCCGCAACCCCCGGCACACAAGUCGAAGUCGAGAGGACGCUGCAGAAACUAGAGAACUUCCACGUCUCAAAGCCACGCGGAUCUGUAGAGCUACCUGCGAGAGGGCGCGCACAAGAGCUCGAGGUUUCUGCAAGCGCAAAGAAGAAGCAGGAGCAGAGGAGGCUGGAAGAUGAGAAGCUUCGGCGCGUAGAGGAAGCUGCCGCAGCUGAGAAGGCUAGAAGGAAAGCUGAGAAGGCUAGAGAGAUUGCUGAGAAGGCUCGAAGAGAGGCCGAGAAGAAGGCCGAGCUCCUUCGCAAAGAGAAAGAGGUAGAAGAAGAAAAGCUCCGCAAAGAGGCAGAAGAGGCCGCCGCCGCUCUUGCUGCAGCCUCUGUUCGGUUGAUUUCGCCACUGGACGAAGAGUGGGAGGAUAAAGUCGCAGCUGUCUUGAGACAGGCUCAGAACGAGGAGGUUGCACGUAAUCUCACAGCUGGCGACAUGGCUCGGCUGAAGCCCGGAGUUUGGCUGAACGACAACAUCAUCAAUGCGUACCUUACUCACAUGGUCGACGCAGCUCACGAGAAGGUUGGGUAUGCAAAGAGCUCCAAGAAGCCGCCGACGUAUCAUGCUUUCAACACGCAUUUUUUCAGCAACAUCAGCGAGAAGGGCCCCGACUCCGUACAUCGCUGGUUGACCCGAGCUCAUUUGGACGGCACCAAACUCCUCUCUGUCAAGAAAAUCUUCGUCCCCGUCAACUGUUCCAACUCGCACUGGACACUCAUAGUCAUCUCUCCUCAAGAUCGAACCAUCGAAUAUCUCGACAGUCUCGGUGCCGGAGGCGGGAACAGGUUCAACGUCGUUAAGAACUGGUUGCGGUACGAGCUUAAGGGCGAUUACGUCGAGGUCGACUGGACGCUCAUUGAACACCAGAGCCCACAGCAGAACAACCACAGCGACUGCGGCGCAUUCGUCUGUUUCAACUCUUACGCCCGUCUGAGGGACUUGGAGCCGAUGAACGUCUUCGAAGCGAAGGACAUGCCUUCCGGCCGCAAGCAAAUCGCCGCGACUCUGCUCAACAAGGGCUUCACGGGUGUCUUUUCCUGGACAUGA